AGGUUCCGCUUCUAGCAUUUUCCACGGUCGGACUAGAAACGCGGCGGCACCGGCACAGAGCGAGCAGCGGCCAGAGGCUUCUAGAAGCAGCGUGCGGCGGUCAGACACCGGCAGACACAGCCGCUCUCCGCACACACUCUCACACACGUCUACCGCUUUCUUUUUAUUUUAUCCGGCUCGCAAAAUGGCCAAGUGGGGAGAAGGAGACCCUCGCUGGAUCGUGGAGGAGAGAGCCGACGCCACUAAUGUCAAUAACUGGCACUGGACUGAACGAGACGCAACAAACUGGUCGUCGGACAAAUUAAAAUCUUUGCUGCUCGGGCUGAAUGUGGAGAACGACGAGGGGAGGUGCGAGGUGACGGAGGUCAGCAAAGUGGAAGGAGAGGCGUCGAUUAACAACCGCAAAGGGAAACUUAUUUUCUUUUAUGAAUGGAACCUGAAAGCUACUUGGACUGGAAAGUCAAAAGCAGGAGUCAAAUAUAAAGGAACUAUUGAAGUUCCGAACCUGUCUGAUGAGAACGACAUGGAGGAUCUUGAUAUUUCUGUAUCGCUGAACAAAGACGAACCCGACACACCGCUGACCAACCUGAUGAGGACAAAAGGAGCCGAGAAAAUCCGCGAAGCGCUGGGAAGUUAUGUCGGGUUUUUAAAAACAGAGUUCACGCAGGGAAUGAUCCUGCCCACAGCCAACGGUAUGGCCAAGCUGCAGUCCACGUCGCAGUCCAAAGCCAAGGUGGACAAAACUCAGAUUUCCUCCUCGGGCAGCACAGCUGCUCCCAUCAACACUGGCGUUAAGAUCCCCACCUGUAAAUUCAGCAUGAGAGAAACGUUCCUCACCUCGCCGCCCGACCUCUACAGGGUCUUUCUCAACCAGGAGAUGGUUCAGGCGUUCACACACGGUCCGGCCACGGUGGACGGAGAACGAGGAGGGAAGUUCCGUCUGCUAGAAGGAAACGUUUUUGGUGAAUUUAUGGAGCUGGUCCCCGAUGAGAAAAUAGUAAUGAAGUGGAGGUAUAACAACUGGCCCUGUGAGCAUUACGCGACCAUCACGAUGACCUUCCUGGACCGGAGCAGCGAGACGGAGCUGAAGGUGGAGUGUCGAGGCGUCCCGGACAGCGAGGAGGAGCAGACGAAAGAGGGCUGGAAGAGAUACUACUUCGGGGCUAUCAAACAGACUUUUGGCUACGGAGCACGACUCUUCUGAAGACCGGAGCCGCUGACGGUUCCUUCUUCUGUUCGGGAUUUUUAAAUCUUUUCUCCUUCAAAUUUUUUUGUUUUCUUUUUUGUUUUUUUUUCUGGCACAAAAAAAAAAAAAAAAAAAAGUAAACUCACGAAAGAGACGAAGCAGGUGUUGGCCAGUCCGUCGCCUUGUCUGUGUAAAUGUUUUAAUUUGUCUACAUAUUUAAAUCUAGAUCCCCUCCUCCUCUCUUCAGUAUUUGUCGUUCAAAGGAGCGUUCAUGGACUGUGCCUUUGGAGCUCUUGGAUGGAUUAAAAAGAAGGUUGAAUAAAGCAAAGGAGAAUCUACUGAACCACUAAAUGCAAAUCGGCUUCUAUAAAUAUGUAAUUAUUGCAGGAGAUGAAAUUAAAUGUCGGUUUUCUUUUAUUUAGAGGGAAAAAAACAAAAAUGUCGUUUUGAAGAUGAAUGUUUAUUUUUUACUCAUUUUACUCUUUUGGUUUUCUCGAGUGUUACUGUAGUGACGAUGCAUGUUUCCUUUCAAACUGCCAGACGGAGGAUCGGACCUGCAGCUCAGCAGUACUGUAACUUUGACAUGUUUUUUUUUUAUCCGUUCAGACUCGUCCACACGUCACGGCGUCUUUUCACGGAGCGUUUUUCGUUGUCGGACCACGAAAGAAAAAAAAAGUUUAAAGUCCUUAUGCAGGUAGCUAGCGUAGCAACUACGGAGAGACGUUCUGCUGUAUUCGGCUUCUAACUGUACAUUUCCAGUUAAAGAAAGGAAAAGAAAAAAGCUUUCAGAACAAAAGUGCAUCUAUUUAUUCCUCAUUUCAUCCCACCACCGUGUAAAAAGAUUAGUUUCUUGGAAUAAACCGAUCCCUGUACGCUCUU